UACGGAUUUUGGCCCUGCUAGAUUUUUGCUGUGGUAGAGUGCGUGUCUUCACGCUGCUUCUGACUGUUUGUCCCCCGGUGGACUCUUGCUGCCCUUCUCUCUACAGUACAUGUAUGACUGCUGUUAAUUAAUUUGUACAAUGGCUUCUGCGAGCGACCUGGCAGUGCUGCAAACUAUUUUCAACCCCACUACCCCUUUCGGAGACAUACCUGGUCUCGACGAGGAGGAACAGUUAAAAGAUGACGACAGCGCUUUCGAUGCCGAUGUCUUGGCGCAGGUGAGAGAGCUGGAGCUGCAGGGCGUGUGCGCUGCGGAAUCUGGAGAUGUGCGCGCUGCCUUGGAGCGCUUCUCCGAGGCUAUCCGCAUCCUGCCGGAGAGAGCGUCCGCGUACAACAACCGAGCACAGGCCCGGCGGCUCCAGGGAGACACAGCAGGAGCGCUGGAGGACCUGGGCCGUUCCAUCUCGCUGAGCGGAGGAGCCGGGCGCACUGGCUGCCAGGCCCUGGUGCAGAGGGGGCUGGUGCACAGGCUGGCACGGCGCGAGGAGGAGGCCAGGGAGGACUUCCAGCGGGCAGCGUGUCUGGGGAGUGCGUUCGCCAGGCAGCAGGUGGUCAACAUGAACCCGUACGCAGCGCUCUGUAACAGCAUGCUGGCACAGGUGAUCAACAAAAUGAGGAACCCAGAGGUGCCCGGGGCUCAGGACCUUUAGUGCCCCCCAAGGAGGGGUUCUUACUUGGGGGAGUGGUGGUGCUUUGUCCCCUGAUUGAACUGUAUGUAGGUGCGGUUGCCGUUCUGAGUGGUACCCAGGUUUUACCGAAAUUGAUAAAUAAACUAACCAGCUGUUAUAUA